AUGGACAACGUUCAUAUAACUCAUAUCGAUGGGGAACCGCCAAUAUAUAGAGAAAUGAAAGCGGUUUCUGUGUCAUUGGAUCAAUGCAUAUUAAACAGCGAAGAAGAUUAUCAGUAUAAUGAGGGUGAGGAAAGUUUAAUGUGCAAAGAUUAUGUCGAUGGUGAUUUAUCAGCGGAAGAAAUCAAUUCGAUGAUAAUGAUAAACGAAGGACCGAAUGCAUUAGAGUAUUUAAGUACUAAAUCAUUACAAAAAUUAAGUGGGCCCAAUAAAAAAUUGGGAAAAAAUAAAGUAAGGAAGAAAUUGAUUAAGGGUGAGAGUGAUUGUGCCAUUAGUAAAAAACAAAUUCAAACGUUUACGAAAAAAAAUCGUAUGAAAAAAAUAAAUGAUUCGAGUCCUAAAAAUCAAAUUAAAUUAAAAAGAAAACAAUUAGUUAAAGAUGGUUGUUUUGGUAAGAAAAAGAAGAAAAAAAAAGAAAGUGUUGAAGAUAACAAAUCGAUGGAAUCCAUCGAGGAAAAUGCAAAGGAAAGCAUUUCAAGAUCAGGUAGGGUUAGAAAAGUGAAAAACGUUACGAAGGAUUUGAUACCGUGUAAAAAUAAAUUGGGAAAAAAAUCACGUGUCGUUACUGAAAAUUGCAACGAGACGAAAGAGGAAAACAAAGCGGAAAAUUCAGGAAAACUCACACCCUCUUCUACGGUUUCUCUACCCGAUCCGGGGGAUGAAUGUAAAAAGGUUGAAAGCGGUAAAGAAAAUUUAAAAACUCGAGUCGAUUCUGCACUUUUACAAAACGCAUUAAACGAAUCCGUGGAAUGUUGGUUCGAUAUAACUUCCGUCGUAGAGAAAAAGGGUAAAAGGUUAAGGAGAAAAACGAAAAUGAUGCCUAAAUUAAAUGAAUCGGAAAAUUCUAAAAAUAUUGAUGAUGAUGAUGAUGAUGAUGAUGACGACAACGUACCGAGUACGGAAAAAAAAAUAAAGACUGAAAUUAGCGUCGGGGAGGAAAAUGGAAACGACGACGAAGGGGAUUCCGUCGAAGAGAAAAAUACGAGAAAUAAAAAAAUAAAGGAUGUUGAUAGUUGUCGAAAUGAAAUUUCGAAUAAAGUCAUAGAGAAAACAAACAAUGAAAAACCGGAAACGGAAACGAAAGAUUCAAAUUCUUCAGUAAAUAGUGAAGAUACGAUGAAGAAAAUCAAUGAUGAGGAAAUUGUUAUGAAUUGCGAGGAAUCUAAAAGUACAAAAAAAAAUACGAACGAUGAUGAAGAAGCAGAAGAAGCAGAAGAAAAUUCUACGGAUGUAAACAAAACGAUAGAAUCAUUAACGACAAAUAAUAAAAAAGUUAAAAAUGUUAAUCGUCAAUUAAUCGGUUAUAGGAAAAAAAGGCGAAAAGUUCGAAACGUUUUACUAAGCAAACGUGUAAAAAAUUACGGUGAAAAAAUUAAUUUCGGAUUAGAUUUAAAUCCGGAAGAAGGGAUUAAGGGAAAAAAGAAAAUGGAGUCACCGGAUGUUGAAUGUAAUGACGACACGGAAAACAAUCGGGACGACGUCGUCAAAGAUGGAAAUGCAAACGAUUUGGAAAAAAAUUUAAAAUUUUCCGACGUUGAAUGUAAUAAAAAAGAAGAAGAAAAAAAAAUAAAUGAAAGUUACCCGUGUUUAACUGAGAAGGAGGAUGAUUUGGUAACGAGAAAACGAAAGAAAAGAUCUCUUAGCGCUGAUGCGAAUAAAAUCCCUUCCUCGAGUAAAACGAAAGAAAAUUUCAACAGACCCUCAUCGUUACCCCCGGAAGAAGUCGGGGGAAAAAUCAAAGAUGGCGACGUAUCAAAUGAAAAUGAAACUAAAAAAGAGAAUUUAAUUAAAGGGAAAAGUGAAAAAACCAAAGAAGUUUUACCUCGCAAAAAGAAGCAAAUGUUGGGAUCGAAAAGAGUUCUUAGAAACAAUUCGGCGAAUCGAAAUAAGUCUGAACCUGAAAAAAAAGUCGCGGACGGUGAAGAUAAACCUGAAAAAAACGUCGAACCUCGUUUACAACUAGAAGAAGAAAAAAUUGUUUCUCAUAUCGAUGAUGCAGAAUCGAAUUCGAUACCUGACGACGAUACCAAGUCGGAGGAGGGUGAUGAGAAAAUCGAAAUACCUGAAGAAAAUUUAACACAGAGUUCUGAAGAAAAAGUAAACGAUGAAGAUGAAGAAAUGGACGAAGAAGUUACUUCGAUUGAUAACGAUGAGAAGAAAAAAGCAGAAGAAAGUGAAGAGUCUCUUACCGAAACGUCAGAAAAAAAUUUAACGCCGUUAGUAGAAUCUGAUAAAAAUGAAAAGCCAACUUCCGUUUCCGAGGGUGAAGAAGAAGAAGAAGAAGAAAAUUCCAAUGAAAAACCUGAAUCUGAAGAAACUAUGCCGGAAGAAAACGAAAGUGAUGGUUGUUUAAAUGUUGGCAACAGUGAAACUGAUAAACAAAACGACGAAGGUUUAGAUGAUGAUUACAAAACGUCAGAGGACGCACGGGAAACAACUUCGGAGACCGGAAAUGAGAAAAAAGAAAAGAAAAAAAGGAAAAAUGUCGUCGAAUUAUUAGGGCAAAAUGUUAUUGUUAAUCCCGAGGAUCAGAAUAACGACAGAAGGAAAAGUUUUAGAGAAAUAAAAAUGACUCCGAAAUUAGUCGAUAUGAUAGCAACGAGUUCGAGUCAUAAGAGGAUAAAAAGAACGACGUCGAUCAAAGAUGAUGGCGGAGUUUUAACAAGCAAAGAAAAAAAUACGGAAACGGAAACGGAAUUUGAAUAUUCGAAUUUGAUUCGUAAAGUCACGAGGUGCGAGGAGGAUCAAGAUGAAAUCGAUGAAAAUGACGAACCUGAACAAUCGGGAGAAGGGAUGGAAAAUUACUUGCAAUCCAAAAUGGAAGAAAAUGCAUCCAAUUUCGAAUGCAAUUGGGAACCGGGAGAUUUGGUUUGGGCCAGAUUUGCGGGGAAUCCAUUUUGGCCGGGUUUGAUAUUGAGAGACCCGUUCAACAACGACGAAUAUUCCAAAGUUAAAUAUUUGGGCCGAUUACCGCGUCCGUUCGUACACGUUCAAUUUUUAGCAGAUUGGGGUAGACGUGCGUGGGGACCCGAAUUGUACAUAAUGAGCUUCACCGGAAUGGAUAAUUUUGAAAAAAUGAAAUGGGAUCUACCGGAAGUGAACACGUUCACGCAAAGAAAAGAUUUACUCUAUCAACAAGCUUUCUUCAUUCCCAAAAGAAUGGAAAAACAUUGGAUGAGAGCCGUGAAAGAAGGGGAAGCCCUGUUAUGCAAAACCAAAGAUGAAAGAAUAACGUACAUGAAAAUAAAAUAUCCGUUGGUAAAAUAUGCGGAAUCCGUUGCGAACGGUCGAUUAGUUCCUAACGAACGCGUCAUCAAAUCGGGAGAUUCGAAAUCUCCGCAGGGAGGUAAAAUAAAUAAAAAGAGAAGAAUGACCGGGCCUGCAUGGUCUGCCGGUGAAGAAUCAUCAGAUUGGACGGGGGACAACAGCGAAAAAGCUGCCACGGCUGAGGAAGCCAUAGAUAAAGCCACCGGUUUUGAAUGUGUCAAUACUUCUUCGGAUUUGGAUGAGGGAACGAAAAACAGCGAUAAGGACUCCCCGAAAAUAACAUUGAAAUUCGUUAGGAGUCCUAAAAAAAAUUCUAAAAGAAAAUUUAGAAAAUCGGUUGAAACGGAUGGAAAAGUCAAGAAGAGAAUUCGAAAAGAUGGUAACGAAGAAGAAUAUGUUUGUCAAAUUUGUUUUGAAUUUCUCGAAAAUGAAAAAACAAUCAAAUGCAAGGGUUUGUGCCAGGGUUCGUUUCACAAAUCUUGCACGGAAAAAUUGAAUGCUAAUUUACCGCCCAUCGACGAAACUCACAUGCCCGUCAUUAAAAAUAAAAGGAGAAGAAAAUUGUUCGCGAACGGAGAUUCCGAUUCUCCGUGCGAAGCCCAAGAAAAAGACGAAGAGCAAGAUUGGAUGUGCGGGGAUUGUUUGCGUGGGGAAAAUCCUUGUUUCGUUUGUAAUAGCAGGAGCGGAAAUAGGCAAAGGUGUUGCGCCGCUUACUGCGGAAAAUUUUAUCAUCAAAAAUGUUUGAAAUUAUUUCCGCAAACGAUUUACAAUCAGGGAGCUCCCAUAAGGAAAUCGCACGCUUUGCAACAAAAUAAAACGUCCAAUUCGGAAUCGCCGCACUAUCAAAUCCUUAGUUGUCCACUACACGUGUGUCACACGUGCGCUUCGGACAAUCCUUCCGAUUGUAAUUCUAAAUAUUUGUCUGAAAGACUUGUUAAAUGCAUAAAAUGUCCAAGCGCGUAUCACGUGGGUAAUUAUUGCGUUCCAGCCGGAAGCACGAUACUGAACACGUCGCAAAUUAUUUGCGUUAAACACGGGGAUACGAAUAAAAAAUCUCACGUAAACAUAUCUUGGUGUUUUAUAUGUAACAUGGGUGGAUCUUUAAUAUGUUGCGAUUGGUGUCCCUCAUCCUUUCACUUAGACUGUCUCAAUAUUAAACCUCCCGAGGGACCCUACAUAUGCGAAGAAUGCGAAUCCGGAAGAUUUCCCUUGUACGGAGAAGUUGUUUGGGUCAAAAUGGGUCGAUAUAGAUGGUGGCCUGCAAGAGUUUUAUUUCCGCAAGAAAUACAAGGAAACAUAAUGGCUCUUCCGCACAAAUCCUGGGAAUUUGUCGUUAGAUUUUACGGUUCAAACGAUCACUAUUGGUUGAACAGAGGACGAGUAUUUUUAUUUCAGGAAGGAGAUUCCGAACAAAAGUUCAAGGGUCAAUCUCACGUCGACAAAAUUUACCAAAGAGCAGUACAAGAAGCGACGAAAGAUUAUUUCGCUUUGCAAGAAGAAAGAAAAUCGAGACUCAUGGAAAGCAAUAAUUCAAACGUUCCGCGACCUCCUCCAUUCGUGAAAAUAAAAACAAACAGACCCGUUGGAAAAGUUCAACUGGGAUCCGGUUAUCAAUCGGAACCUCAAACCUGUGACUGUGAUCCUAAUUACGAAUCUCCCUGCGGUCCGGGUUCGGAUUGUUUAAAUCGCAUGCUCCUCGUCGAAUGCAAUCCGAAUUAUUGCAACGCGGGAACCCGGUGUAAAAAUCAAAGUUUUGAAAAAAGGGAAUAUCCGCCAUUAGAACCUUACAGAACUGAAAGAAGAGGUUGGGGAUUGAGAUCGACUGUCGAUAUUCCUAAGGGAUCAUUUGUUAUCGAAUACGUCGGAGAAGUCGUAGAUGAUGAAGAAUUUAAAAGGAGAAUGAAAAGAAAACAGGAAACUAUGGACAAUAAUUAUUAUUUUCUAACGAUAGACAAAGAUAGAAUAAUCGAUGCGGGGCCAAAGGGAAAUUUAGCGAGGUUCAUGAAUCAUUCGUGCUCGCCGAAUUGCGAAACGCAAAAGUGGACGGUUAACAUGGACACAAGAGUUGGACUUUUCGCACUCGAAGAUAUUCCAGCGGGAACCGAAUUGACUUUUAAUUAUAAUUUGGAUUGCGUUGGAAACGAAAAGAAAGCGUGUCACUGCGAAGAAGAAAAUUGUUCCGGUUUUAUAGGAGUUAAAGUCAAGAACGACAAAACGGAGAAAAAACUUGUAAAAAGAUUGGAAAAAGAAAGCGAAGACGAAUGUUUCGUUUGUCAAGAUGGCGGAGAAUUGAUGGUUUGCGACGUGCCCAAUUGUCCAAAAGUUUAUCAUAUUGAAUGCGUGGGAUUAGAAGAAUGGCCCAACGAAAUGUGGUUUUGUCCUCGUCAUCGUUGUUCGUUAUGUAAGAAACAAACUAAAAGAUGUUGUAAAUUGUGUACGACCGCGUUUUGCUUUGCUCAUUUAGACAACAACAUGUUUCCCGAUAACAAGGGUGGAUUGUUGUGCAGUGCCCACAGCACGACAGCCGUCAAACCCAUUCAACCUCUUCGGAAAGCUUCGUACAUAAAUAGAAACACGCCGGUUAUAGAGUACGAGAAACCUUUCGUAGAAAAAUACAAGCCGCCGCCUCCGCCUCAACUUUCUCAAAAAGAAAAAACGGGGAGCGGGGAAAACGAUGAGUCGAUAUUAAUGGAACCCAAUUUAACCGACAGCACGCCCAUAGUGGUUGAAAAUCAAUUGUUGUCAACUUCUUCGCCACCCCCCGAUUCCUCGAACAAAUUAAACGAGGACGGCGUUAGCGUUCAGGUUUUUUACGUCAACGACGAAGGUCAGGUUGUAGGUUUCGACGGAACGAGCGAUGGUAAAUCAGUUGAAGUUUUGCCGCAGAUAUUGGUCGAAGGUCAAACGGUAAAAAACGUACGUAAAAAAAAGAGAACGAACAUACCUAGGAAAAAAUUAAAUCCGCCAUUGAUAAAAAGUCCCGCGGGAGGCCCGGAAAACAACAACGAGCAAGAAAAACAAAAACGAGUUCAGGGCGGCAUCAAUUUCGAAUCCCUCAUGAUCAAAAGCGUCGAAGAUAAAAUUCUCGAUUCGAAACUCAACAUGGACAACAUAUACAACAUAAUCGGUGGUGGUGGCGGUGGUGGUAGCACCGACGCCGGAAGAGGAGGAGUAGCAACAGGAAGUCAGGGUGAUAAAAAUCAAAUGGAAAAGUGCAGCAGAGUAAGAGUUGUAAACGAAAGCGGUGACGUUAAAGAAAGUAGUAGCCUGAUAAAAAAAGAGGAAGCUGCGGAAAUGGACCGAUCGAGACGAUCGAAAUAUUUUAAAAUAAUAACGCCGGAAAAAUUCAUUAAAGUGAAUUCGGAAAGUGAAACGAAUCAAAAAACCGUUACGGAUUUUAAUUACAUUGAAUUCAUGCAUCCGCUCAGAUCGGCGUCCAAAAGCAAAAGCACGACGACAAAAGCAGACGAAAAUUUAAGAAAGUAA